AUGAAACUCUUUCUCAGAUCUCAAGACAAUGAUAUGUGGACAGUCAUUACAGAUGGAGACUUUGUUCCAACAACCAAAGAAGGAGCUGUCAAAGCAAAAAGUGCAUGGUCAACAGAUGAAAAAGCUCAGGCCAAAGAUUUAAAAUCUAUGAACCUGGAAGAUCUCAUUGGUUCACUGAGAGCUCAUGAAGUUUUACUUCAAGGAGACAAACCAGUAAAGAAGGUAAAAACACUUGCCUUCAAAGCAUCUCAGCCAAGCUCAUCAGCUGCUGAUGAUGAUGUGCAAGAAUCACAAGAGUUAGAAGAAGUUCAUGAAGAAGAAGCUGAAGAUGAACUUGCACUAAUCUCUAAAAGAAUUCAAAGAAUGAUGUUGAGAAGAAAUCAGAUCAGAAAGAAGUUUCCAAACACCAACAUGAGCACCAAAACUGAAGCUGACAAAAGUCAAGUUACCUGCUUUGGAUGCAACAAAACUGGACACUACAAAAGUGAAUGUCCUGACAUCAAGAAAGUUAAAAGAAAACCUCCAUUCAAGAAGAAGGCAAUGAUCACUUGGGUUGACAUGGAAGAAUCAGAUCCUCAAGAAGAUGCAGAUACAGACAUGGGACUAAUGGCUCAGUCAGAUGAUGAAGAAGAGGUCCUGCCUCAGGGUGCAAGAACAAAACCAUGGUACCUGGAUAGUGGUUGUUCUAGGCAUAUGACAGGAUACUCUACAACUUCUAAAGGUUACAGAGUGUACAAUCUAAAAAUCCAGACAGUUGAAAUUAGUAUGCAUAUCAUAUUUGAUGAAUAUGAUGAACAUUCUCAACCUAAAGAGAAUGAAGACACUGAAGUGUCAACACUUCAGAAUGUUCCCACUCAAAAUACUGUGAAUACAGUAGAGAAAGAAGAUGAUCAGAAUGUUCAGGAUCAAUCUCUUCAAAGUCCACCUAGAAGCUGGAGAAUGGUAGGAGAUCAUCCUGCUGAUCAAAUCAUUGAAAGUACAACUGAUGGUAUAAGAACCAGAUUGUCCUUUCAAGAUAACAACAUGGCAAUGAUCUCUCAAAUGGAACCCAAGUCAAUCAAUGAAGCUAUUAUUGAUGACUCUUGGAUUGAGGCCAUGAAGGAAGAACUUUCUCAGUUUGAAAGAAACAAAGUUUGGAACCUAGUUCCAAAUAAUCAAGACAAAACCAUCAUUGGAACGAGAUGGGUUUUCAGAAACAAACUUGAUGAAGAAGGUAAGGUUGUCAGAAACAAAGCAAGAACAAAAACCAUUUCAAAAUCUUCUGAUAAUGAGACCAAUCAAGUGGAACAAUCUCAACCACCACCACCAAACGCCGCUGCUGAUCAAACCUCUGAUCAACAACUUUUGAGUGAAACCCCUGUACGCACCAUUCUUCAGGACGUAAUCAUUCCUGCUUCUGAAACUCCCAAAUCUUCCAAAACCAGAUCCUCUAAGAAACCCAUCAUCAAACCCAGACCAAAAACUACCAGACGUUCAACAAGGAUGAAGAAACCCUUGAAGAAACCAAAGGUAUCUCACGUGAAUCUAGAUUCUAACGAAGAAAAAGAAGAUUCAAGUGAUGAUGAAGACUCUGAGGAUGAAACAGAGGAAGAUCCAGAAGAAGAAGAUGAAGACUCUGAACAAACUCUUUCUGACGCAAUGAAAUCAGUAAAAGCUUCCUCAAAAAGGGAUAAGGAACUUACAAAGAAAAUACUUCAAAGGAGAAAGGAGAUUGCUGCUGAAGCUAUGCCCUUAUCUGAGGAAAAGACCUCUGAAGAUGAAGAAGAAAGUGAAGAGGAAGAAUCUGAAGAAAAGGCUGAAAAAGAAGAAGAGAAAGGCUCUUCUAAGAAGUAUGGGAAAGGUAAAGAUAUCACCAAACUUGCUGCUACCUUAAAAGCUUCAAGGGCAGAAAAAAUUGCUCUCAGACCAAUGAGUAGAACCAAAUACUUCAACCUUGAAAGCUUAGAGACAAAGGCAUGGAAUCUGAAGGAGUUUACAGAACCUUAA